AUGCCCGUCACCUCAUCUCGUCCUGAGAUGGCAGAUAUUGUCAUCAAUCCCGGCUACGACUCCGAGGUUCAUGAAGCUGACAAGAUUGAUGAAAGCACUGCCGAGAUCGCGGCCAAUGCGCCUAGAUACCGUCGCAGGAGUUCAACCUUCAUAGACGCCAUUCACGAUGUGUCCGAAACUCAAGAAAAUCUGGCUCCGGCGCAGCUCUACAGCACCAUGUCCGGAAGGCUUUUUCAUUCUGGUCGUAUCGCCAUAGUCAUGGUUGGGCUUCCGGCUCGUGGCAAGACACACAUUUGCGUCUCCAUGGCGCGGUACCUCUCCUGGCUUGGCGUCAAAUCACGCAUCUUUCACCUAGGUGACUACCGCCGUGCCACUGUUGGGCCUGGCGGCUCCGUCCCGGAAGACUACUUCUUUCCCAAUGCUAGCCCCAAGUCAGUCAUUCUCCGCCAGAAAAUUUUGAAAAAGUGUCGUGAGGACAUUUAUGCCUGGUUGAACCAUGAGAAUGGCCAAGUCGCCAUCUACGACGCCGUCAACCCGACCUCAAGCGGCCGAAGAUCGCUGGCAAAGGAGUUUGCCAAACACGAUGUGCAAACAUUGUUCCUGGAGUCAUACGUAGACGAUGAGGCAAUCUUGACGGAGAAUGCACGCAACGUCAAGAUAUCUUCGCCCGAUUUCGCGGGAAUGGACCCUGAUGAAGCGGCCAGGUCGUACCUGAGGCGCAUUGAGAUGAAAAUACCCGUCUUCGAGCCCAUGCAGGAGGAGGAACUCAACUACAUCCGCAUGAUCAACGCAGGCCGGAAAUUCUUCUACAACAACGUCUCGUUCAACUACCUAUCUCAUCGUAUAGUUUACUACCUCACGAACCUGCACAUCAAAUCGCGAACCACCUUCUUUGUCCGUGCCGGUAUGGGCGUUGGCGAGGAGGAUUCGUCCAAGAACGAUUCCCCGCUAUCAGAAGAGGGUCGUUCGUACGCUCAAAAGAUGACUGACGCUCUUGUCAAACAUCGUGAGCAGGAACACGCGGAGAGGCUCGCUGCUCAAGGGGACAGCCCUGCAGACAAGCCUCUAAAGCCCCUGACGAUCUGGACAUCCACCAGGCUACGAACCAUACAGACGGCACAGUUCCUGGAAGAAAAAGGGUACAAGGUUCGCCAGCGGUCACAGAUGAGGCAGAUUAACCCGGGAGUCUGCGAAAAGAUGUCGCCACGCGCCUUGAAGAUGAUGUAUCCAGACGAGGUUGCCAAGCAUGAGCAGGAUCCGUACCACCACCGAUAUCCGCGGGCAGAGUCUUACCACGAUCUAGCGGUUCGCCUGGAGCCCAUCAUUCUGGAGCUGGAGCGCGAGCAGAACGAUCUCCUGAUCAUUGCGCACGAGUCGGUCCUCAGGGUCCUGUACGCCUACCUGAUGCACUGCAGCGCAAUGGACAUCCCGACGCUUAAGUUUCCGAGGGAUGAGAUCAUUGAGAUCAUACCAGCCGCGUACCAGAAUGAGGCGAAGCGCAUCCACAUCCCUGGUUUGGAUCCGAGGAUAGUUCCGGGAACGCCGGACCUGGUCAGGAUGAGCGACAGCGGCGUAGGAACUCCUUCUGCUGGCCUCCCCGUGUCGCCGUUACCGGAGGCGGCGAUGUCGGAUGAACAGAUGACCCACGAUACUCAACCGCUUAUCGUGCUGGGACCGCCGCCCACCUCGUCGCCGGUGCCCAUGGAAACCUCGCGAGUUGCGUCGCCUGGACAGCGGCCCACGGAGAGGGUGAUUAGCCCGGCUGCGGAUGAGGUCAAGGAUAGAGUUGGGGAUGAGGAUUAG